CUGUUGGAUGGAGCCAUCGGAGGCGGCCAGGCUCUUCCCAGAGGUUGCAGCGCUAGAGCUGCAAGGAGCGGCCCAGGAGUCGCAGCCCGAAAUAAAAAUGGAGGAGACGACAGGAUCUGAAGCCAGCGGGCGGCUCGCAGCAGCCAGCGAAAGGGACCCCCACGUUGUCCAAGUCGGGACCAUCAAGGAGUUUCUGACUGGGGAGGCCCCCCCGCAAAUUAAGCAGGAGCCGGAGGAGGGCCUGCAGCAGCGCUGGGAAAGCCAGUGGCAGGAAUUCCUGAAGACGGUGGAGUCGCCUCACUCUGGUUGGCGACACCUCAAGUUACCUGAGCCCGUCUCUGAAGAAGACACCAAGGAAUUCCAGGCCUCCUUCAAGGAAAUAGCCAGUGCCAGCCUGUGGCCUAGGGGAGAGUGGGUGACACCACCGGCUUUGCCAGGCCUCAGGGCCCCCCGGAAACCCAAUGGAGGCCUAGAGGAGACCAUGAAAGUGAAGGAGGAGAUGGCAGGCGGAGAGGCCGCUGACUGUGAGGCACGGCGCCAAUGCUUCAGGCACUUCUGCUACCAGGAGGCCGAGGGGCCCCGGGGCGUUUGCAAGCAACUCUGGAAGCUUUGCCAUCAGUGGCUGAAGCCGGACAGGCGCUCCAAGGACCAGAUCCUGGAGGUGCUGAUCCUGGAGCAGUUCUUGACCGUCCUGCCCUGGGAAAUGCAGAGCUGGGUCAGCGAGCGGGGGCCCGAGACCUGCAGCCAGGCAGUGGCCCUGGCCGAGGACUUCCUCCUGAGGCUGGAAGAGCCCGAGAGAUGGGCACACAAGGAGCCAGGGCAGCUGGUGGAGUCGUUCAUCAACACCCCAAAUUCGGAGCAGGAUCUGCCUGACUCCGUAAAGCUGCAGCUCUCUGUGGAAGACAAGCCGGAGCGUGACGGAGACUCCAGUUUCUUUGAAGGGGAUGGGCAACUGCAGGAGAAUGGAGAGGAGUCAUUUCAGCUGGAGAGACCUGAGGAAGUGGGUGUCUGUGGAAUAUCCUUGGAAAGAGCCAACGGGGAAUUCUUCCAGGGCCUUGAGACGGGGCUGAUGCCAGCAAGUCCCCCAGUGCCUGGCGGCCCUUGGGAAAGCCAUCCAGGAAAGGCAAAGCAGGCUCUUCUCUAUGAGGAGGGGGACGCCAGCUUAUGUGAAGGUACCUUUCCGGAAGGUAUCAUCAAGUUCAAGAUAAAGAAGGAACAGGCUGACGACAGGAGCUUGGAACUGCUGAACAGCCAGGCUCUGCCAAUGGCCGAAAAGCCGUACAAGUGCUUGUACUGCGGGAAGACCUCCAACUGCAAGGCGAACCUUGUAGUUCAUGAGAGAACCCACACGGGCGAGAAGCCCUACGCGUGCUUGGACUGCGGCAAGAGCUUCAACCGGAAGUCGACGCUCGUGAGGCACAAGAGGAUGCACACGGGGGAAAAGCCGUACGAGUGUGCCGAGUGCGGGAGGCGCUUCAGCAUCCGGUGCAACCUUAUCAACCACGAGAGAAUCCACACGGGCGAGAAGCCGUACAGCUGCUCCGACUGCGGGCAGAACUUCAGCCGGAGGCUGCAGCUCGUCAUUCACAGGAGGACCCAUACAGGAGAGACCCCGUACAGGUGCGCCCAGUGCGGGAAGUGCUUCACCCGGCGCUCUUCCCUCUUGACGCAUGAGAGGAUCCACACGGGAGAGAAACCAAACACGUGCACAGAUUGUGGGAAAAGCUUCAUCCAGAAAGGAUACCUCCUCAUACACAGGAGAAUCCACACAGGAGAAAGACCCUAUAAAUGUUCAUCGUGCGAGCAAAGGUUUCUUAAUCGGAGCGAUUUGCGCAGGCAUGAGAAAAUUCACGCGGGGACGAAUCCCUCUGGGUGCUAGGAUUGUAAAAGAGGCUGAGCCCUCUUUCGGUACUGAGUGCUCUUAUGUGCCCAGAGGCAAAGCGUUUCUGAGGAAGAGAAAUGUGUAAUUAAGCAUUUUAUAACAUUGACAUUUUAUACCAGCUUUCCAUGCUGGCUGGGGGAUGCUGGGAGUUGUAGUCUAACACACCCGGAGACCACUAGGUUGGGAAAGUCUGUUUAUAGAAAAGUAACAUACCAGUAAGUAACAAGUGGCAAACUGCAAAAGGUGUGAAAAUCUUUAAUGUGAAGAUGGUUGGUUAGUGUACCUUGGCUACCCAGUCAGGCUGAAACUUUGGGGGCCUUUUUCACUGUGGAAAAAAGCAAUUAGUAGGAACAUAAUAAAAGUUUAUGAAAUUAUGCAUGGUGUUAUACCCGUUAUACACAAUAGAACUUGGGGUUGCCCAAAAGAAUAGUGGUCCUAUAGAUUUAGGAUCGACAAAAUAACUUCCUUCUUCCCGCAAUAUGCAAUUAACCUACGGAACUCACUGCCACAAGGUGGCGAUGGGCACUAGCUUGGCUGCAGAUUCUGAAAUAAUUGCAGCUUGGGAUAAAGGGCUGCUGGAAUGAAGAAACUAAACACAAACUUCAUGUUUAGAGGCAGUGUUCUGGUUUGCAUAUAAUGCUAACUCACGGUUUGUUUAAUCCAUGGUUUGCUGCUCUAUCCAAGGUUGGUCUGGCAGAUGACUGAACAAAUCAUUUGUUUUUUCAAUCCCUGGGUUGUUUGUUUCCCUCCUCCUUUGCCUGCUCCUUCCCUGUAUCCCAAAUGCUUUUGUGUUCCUGUCGUACUGGCAUGCAGAGUUUCUUCUUUU